AUGCCUGGCCUCCCAGCUUCGGUCGAUCUUGAUGAGUGCAUCUCCCGUUUGUAUAAGAAGGAACUUUUGGCCGAGUCGGUUAUCGAGGCAAUAUGCGCUAAGACCAAGGAGCUGCUCAUGCGAGAGAGCAACGUCGUCCACGUGCGAGCCCCCGUCACAGUAGUCGGCGACAUCCACGGGCAGUUUUACGAUUUGAUCGAGAUAUUCAAGAUCGGCGGUUUUUGCCCGGACACGAACUACCUAUUCCUUGGCGAUUAUGUAGACCGUGGCAUGUUCAGCGUGGAGACUAUCUCCCUCCUCGUGUGCCUCAAGCUCAGGUACCCUAACAGGGUCCAUCUAAUUCGCGGCAAUCACGAGUCGCGUGGUGUCACGCAGUCAUACGGUUUCUACACAGAGUGUUCGCGCAAGUACGGCAACGCCAACGUCUGGCACUACUUCACGGACAUGUUCGACUUUUUGACCCUGUCAGUGGUCAUCAACGAUCAGAUCUUCUGCGUUCACGGCGGUCUAUCACCGUCGAUCCACUCUAUAGACCAGAUCAAGAUCAUAGACCGCUUUCGGGAGAUACCUCAUGAGGGCCCCAUGGCGGAUCUAGUGUGGUCGGAUCCGGAUCCGGAAAGAGACGAAUUCUCUCUAUCGCCCCGAGGUGCGGGCUACACCUUCGGCGCGCGCGUGGUCAAGAAGUUCCUAGCCGUCAACGGAAUGAACCACAUCCUGCGCGCGCACCAGCUCUGUCAGGAGGGUUUCCAAGUCCUCUACGACGACCACCUGAGCACGGUAUGGAGCGCGCCUAACUACUGCUACAGAUGCGGUAAUAUGGCCAGUGUGCUGGAAGUUAGUGACGUGGGCGAGAGGUUCUUCAACGUGUUCGCAGCUGCGCCUGAGAAUGACCAGCACAAGGAGAUACAGCAAGGAAACGAGAAGACGUCCGACGGCAACGCGCUGCCUGACUACUUCCUAUAAGAGCAUGACAGUUGAGCUGGAUUAGAAUUCAUAAGUACAUAGGAUCAUGACCACGUGAAAAGUGAGUGGAAAUAACAGGAAGAUACCUCAAUCAAUGUAGCAAGGGAUGAUAAAGCGGGAGAAGUAGGAUCGAAAUACCCAGUUGUGUUUUCAUUUGCAUGCCUAUUUAAUUCAGACCUCCUUUCGUCAAAUAAAACGAGGAGAGGAAGGGUUGCUAUGCUGGGUGUCGUAAAGAAUCAGAAUAAGAAAGUGCAGUGAAGAUGAUCAGCGGAGCACUGGUCAAAUUCCGGCAAUGAACUAUCUACACUCAAGAAUCGACCCCCUAUAAGCACAGCACAG